AAUUCCGGCCUCCUCCCUAACCAAUCACCGCUCAGUUCAACGUCAUCACCGAGCGCCAUCAGGUAGCGUGUCAGAGGCCGGACCACGUGUACUGUGUUGACUGUCAAAGUCUCUGGGAGCCCAAUUUCCGGAAGCGGUGAGUUUAGAAAGAAGUUCCUGCACCGUAGUUCCCCAAGCCUGCGAAUCCCCAACCAUGAGCGUCUCAGGCGUACUGUCCUUUACCCAGCAAGGAUGGGAGCAGGUGCUGGCCAAAGUGAAACGGGCUGUGGUUUACCUGGACUCCGCCUGCGCCGAGAGCCUGCACUGGGGCUGCGGAUCCACCCGUCUCCUGGAGGCGGUGGGGGGUCCUGACUGUCACCUGCGAGAGUUCGAGCCCGACGCAGUUGGUGGUGGAGCCAAGCAGCCCAAGGCAGUGUUUGUGCUGAGCUGCCUGCUGAAAGGCCGGACUGUGGAGAUCCUACGGGACAUCAUCUGCCGCAGUCACUUCCAGUAUUGUGUGGUGGUCACAGCCGUGAGCCACGCUGUCCACCUCACAGCUAAUCAUGUCCCAGCGGCGGCAGCGGCCGAGAUGGAGGGGCAGCAGCCGGUGUUUGAGCAGCUGGAGGAGAAGCUGUGUGAAUGGAUGGGCAACAUGAACUACACGGCCGAGGUGUUCCAUGUCCCGUUGUUGCUUGCCCCUGUUGCUUCCCACUUUGCCUUGACUCCAGCCUUUGCAUCCCUUUUCCCACUGCUACCCCAGGAUGUGCAUCUCCUUAAUAGCGCCCGACCGGACAAGAGGAAGCUGGGAAGCCUGGGUGAUGUGGACGCCAGUGCCCUAACCCCAGAGCUGCUGCUGCAGAUCAGGUGCCUAGUGUCAGGCCUCAGUUCUCUGUGUGAACAUUUAGGAGUACGGGAGGAGUGUUUUGCUGUAGGUUCUUUAAGUCGAGUCAUCGCUGCGGAUCUGGCCAAUUAUGCCCCUGCAAAGAACAGGAAGAAGACUGCUGCAGGCAGGGCAUCAGUGGUUUUUAUGGACAGAACCCUGGAUCUCACAGGAGCAGUUGGACAUCAUGGAGACAACUUAGUAGAGAAGAUCAUUUCAGCACUUCCCCAGCUCCCAGGCCACACAAAUGAUGUGAUGGUUAACAUGAUAGAGCUCACUGCACUCCAAACUGAGAAGGAAAAUUGUAAUGUGGUUGCACCAGGCUGUCUUGCACAAUCCAAUGACACCACAGCCAAAGCCCUGUGGGAAGCUUUACUCAACACUAAGCACAAAGAGGCAGUGAUGGAGGUUCGGAGACAUCUAGUGGAAGCGGCAAGCAGAGAAAACCUGCCAAUCAAGAUGAGUAUGGGGAGAGUCACACCAGGACAGCUCAUGUCCUAUAUUCAGCUCUUCAAGAACAACCUCAAAGCUCUAAUGAAUCACUGUGGGCUCCUCCAGCUUGGGCUGGCCACAGCUCAAACGUUGAAACACCCACAGACUGCCAAGUGGGACAACUUUCUUGCUUUUGAAAGACUCCUUCUUCAGAGUAUUGGGGAGUCAGCAAUGUCCGUUGUGUUAAAUCAGCUGUUGCCCAUGAUUAAGCCUGUAACCCAGAGAACCAAUGAGGACUACAGCCCUGAGGAACUGCUGAUCCUUCUCAUAUAUAUUUAUUCUGUCACUGGAGAGCUCACAGUAGACAAAGACCUGGGUGAAGCAGAAGAAAAAGUCAAGAAAGCAUUGGCUGAGGUCUUCUGUGAGGAAUCUGAAUUGUCACCUUUGCUGCAAAAAAUUACAGGAAGGGAUGGAGGAGACAUUGAAAAUGGACAUGUGAAGUGCAGAGCUUGUAUGCUCUCUACAGGAGCCCCUUGCAGAUGGUCUGCUUCUCUCCUGGUGCCCCCACACUGGGACUCUUCAAUUAACCUGACAUUUCACAAAUCCAAAAAUUCUGUGGAUAAACUCUUUACUUCACUUCGGGAUAUUGCUGGAGCUCGGAGUCUCAUGAAACAGUUUAAGUCUGUAUAUGUUCCUGGAAAUCAUACCCACCAGGCAUCUUAUAAACCAUUGUUGAAGCAAGUUGUGGAGGAAAUAUUUCAUCCCGAGAGGCCAGAUUCCAUUGAUAUUGAACACAUGUCUUCAGGCCUCACUGAUCUCCUUAAAACUGGAUUUAGCAUGUUCAUGAAGGUGAGCCGCCCUCAUCCUAGUGACUACCCUGUCCUGAUCCUCUUUGUGGUAGGUGGGGUCACAGUCUCUGAAGUGAAAAUGGUCAAAGAUCUUGUGGCAUCAUUGAAACCAGGAACCCAGGUAAUCGUGCUGUCCACUCGACUCCUGAAGCCACUUAACAUUCCUGAGCUGUUAUUUGCAACUGACCGACUGCAUCCAGACCUUGGCUUCUGAGCAUCCGCUAAGAAGAUAAGACCUACUCAUGCUGGAAAUGCUGAUACAAUUUUCUGCCACCACUCCAAAUACUCCUCCACAACCAACAUCCCUGUCACUAAUUGCGAGCAUGACAGAAUUCUGCCUGAAGGGUCUUGAUACUUUCGCAGUGAGGUACUUUGCUUGAAUUGCUGUGAUUCUUUAAAAAAAAAAAAAAGUUUUUCUUAUUUUCCUGAAGGUGACAAUCUGUCUUUUGGCUAGUCCAAUUAGUGAUCAUUUCCAUUUAUCCUUAACCCUCUGUGAGCUUCCUGAUUCCACCUACAAGUUCAUUAAUUCUAAAGAAAAGCCUGUUGGCAAGUGUUGGUAGAUUACAACUCUUUUAAUUUGAAGUUGCUCAAGAAGUUAGACAUGCUUUAGAAUUAUGAGUGUGAGAAAAGUUUGAUGUUCCUUAGGAUUAUAUAACUGAGGAGAGAACAUUGCAAAUAGGGUCUGAGGCUUUGUUUCUCUCUUGCUCUGAAACAUUUCUGAAAAGGCAAAGAAGGGAGGGGUAGUGUCUUAGGGCAGUGCUGGUAGCCUGCAUGUGUUGUAAAUCGUCCUGCCAUAACAAAGAACUGCAUUGUUCUAGCUGGCCCACUGGGCAGGUCUGCCAGGCCACUUGGAACUGUAGUGGGAAGGUGGUUGAUUGGAGGGUUAUCUGCAUAUAAAAGUUUUCCUCCCCUCCAAAGAAAGACCCCAAUACGAGAUAUCUGGUCCCAGGGAGUCUAAAUUGUAACAGCAACCCCUGUGGACUUUGUGGGUAUGAGUUUUGAUUGAAAUAUAAAGCUCUCUUUUCUGUAAGUGUAAGUUUUCCAUCUGACCAUUAGCAGAAAAAUCUAGACCCACCUAGUGAAAUUUUGUAAGAACUCCAGGGCAAAAAUGAACCACUUGCAACCCACAUGUUUGUAGGUGUAUGGUUGAUGGAAGUUUCUGGCAUCCAUGUUGGUAAUAAACAGAUAAAACUGAAAAGGUUUUUAUUGUGGAUUAAACAGGUGAAGGAAAUAACAUGUAAACCAAAACACUCACAUGUCUCUGAUUUUAGUUCUCUACGAAACACUGUCAUUUUUGAAAGAACCACUAAGUUGGAGAUUAUUUUAAGAUGUAACCAAAGCAGGGUUUUUGUAGACACAGACACUCUUUUUCUUGCCCAAGUAUGUUUUCCACAUAAUAUCAAUUCUUUCAUGAAAUAGAGGAGACCUCAGGUGCCUUUUUCAUUCUACUAAUCUUAAAGUAUUGAAUUUGAAUAAGGAAGGAAAUGGUAACCAUCCAUAAGAAAUGUUAAAGCAGAGAUGACUUUUCUAAAAUAAAAAAAAGAAAAGUAA